AUGAAAAACCAUGAAACUCGUCCGGUUGGUACAACCCCAUUCCCAGAAGUGAAUGUGGCAACAUAUAAUGACCAAAGUGGAAGUCACGAACGUGGUCAUAGCUAUCAACGUGGGCGUGGUCAUGGUCGUAGUCGUGGUCGUGGUCGUGGUCAUGGACGUGGUCGUGGACGUGCAUAUGGUCAGGGGAAUUAUCAUGGUGUUCAAUUAAAAAACAGAAGAACCCACCAGAAGUUGCAUGAUAAUGAAAAGAAAUCCAAUGAUGAAAGAGGUAAAAAGAAAAGUGGAACCUCAUCUAAUGCAUGCUAUCGAUGUGGUGGUAACAACCACUGGGCCGGUACAUGUCGUACAGCCAGACACUUAGUAGAGCUUUACCAACAAUCUAUAAAAGACAAACAAAAAGGAAUAGAGACAAAUUUCACAUAUGAAGAUGGAAAUGUUGAUGUCCCAAGUGGUGAAAAGGACCAUACCAAUGCAACUAAUCUGGAUUAUGAUGAUUUCCUUAUCGAGCAAGCUAAUUUGGAUUCUGGUGAUAUCAUGGUUGAUACAAACCAGUUGGAUGCUUGCAAUUUUCCCUAUGCAUGA